UGACAAGAAGCCGACGAAUGUGAGAGGUGGUCAUUGUUUGGAAAGAUAGAGGAGCUGGUCGCCUGCUAUUUUGUCGACCUAAAAGCACCAAUGUCCUUCAGCCGUGUCCAUUAGAUCGUUAGGUAUUAGCAGUGUGGUGGAUAAAGCAAAGGUGUUAGUGCGACCUGCUGUGACCGUAGUGUGUAUGGGGUAGAGAAAAUAACUUAUUUCAGUGGAAACAUGUUUGUGAAAAUGUGGAUGGUAGCAACUAUAGAGUGUUUAAUAAUUUGGUUAUCAUCUGUGAAAGGCUACCACGGAAACCUCUCUGCACUGUUUCCUGAAAGUCCCGAGUUUUCUGAUAUUGAAUCUUCUGUUAUACGACUUAUGAUAGAUCAAAACAGAACCUAUAGUUUUCUUGGUGUUACCGUUAACAACCACUUUCGGUAUCGACAGAUAUUAUCCAGUGAAGAAACCUGGAAGUUGAUUCCAUCUCUCAGGUCUCGUCGUAUUUCCCAUCAUCUUGUCGCUCUUGCUGUUUUAAAGCUUGCUGAAGAACAAAAGCUGACUCUGUAUGACCACGUCUUUGGAUUUUCUGGAUUACUCCGUAAAAUCUUUCCGUGGCAACAGUUAUCAAACAUUGUUGUGGAUCAUCUAGUGUAUGAAAUAACCAUUGAGCAUUUGUUAAUGCAAACCUCGGGUUUAGAGUGUCAAAUCAAAAAUGGCGCCUCAUUCAAUUUUGAAAACUUCAAUGAGCAACGAAGACAUGUUAACAACAAAGAAAUAAAAGAAAAUUUGAAAAUAAGAAGAUUUGUGAAUGUUCUAUCAUUUCUUCUUUCCAAGCCACUAUACCAUCCACCAGGGGUAAAACAGUGUUCGGGCGAUGAAGGUUUUGUCAUUUUAUGCUUUGUUAUCGAAUCAGUCAUUGGUCAGAAAUGUAAAGAUUUCAUUAAGAAUACGUUUCUAUUACCAUUAGGGAUGUGGCAAACAUAUCUGAGUGAAAAUUGCUUUGAAAGAAAUAUGUGGUCAUCGCAAGCGUUGGCUUAUAGUGAAGCGUGUUCCGCAAUCGAACCAACAGUGUUGUCUAAUUCGACACAAGUAGACCCCGGAAAUUAUAUUUUCAGUUUUUUCGCAGACUGGAUAUUUUCUGCAUAUGAUGUUCUGCGUCUGUUUUCUUAUUAUUAUAUUGAUUAUAUACAUAAAAUUUCAUCACUCAGUUCUUUAAAAUUCAUUUUCGAACAGGCAGCCAAAGCCCUUCCUCAACACAAUAGUAGGUGGCAUAUCAUGGGAAUUCGUAUUGAUAACAACGGCGUUAUCUGGAUCGAAUCGGAUCGGUCUAGCAAUGACGAUUUUGUUAUUGGCUGCAAAAUAACUCUUGGAAAAAUGCAAUACCAUAUUCCUUUUGACAAAAACCAGGAUUUUAAGAGCACCUGCUGGUUGUUCUUAUUGUCGGCUAGAAAAGGAAACCGACUGAAGAAAACAUUGGAUAGAUUGUGGGUGAAAAAAAUAGAUUCACGCGAGGAAUCAGUAUUCCCGGAUCUUUUAGAUGUCACUUCUCUGAAUAAUGACCAGAAAGUUAACAGAGGAGUGAAAUUUUCUGUUCCACGCAUCCUUAAACAGACGUAUGAGAGAGCUCUUAAUUUAUCCAAUCUCACAGUAUUUCAAGUUAACGAGUAUAUCUUUUCUGGGCGACACUAUUUCUCGUUUAUCUUAACCAGCAAUAUGCAACACAAGUCAUUAGUUGCUGAAGCUAGAAACCAUUUUAAUCGUUUGCCGUCGUCUUAUGGCGAUCAUCUAAAUCGUCGAAAUCCAUUAGAAUUAUUAAAUACUGAGGCAUUACCGAAACAUAAAAUACUAAAAUGGAAUGGUUCUAAACCUCAAUCUAUCUUUAAUAUCAGUGUAAAGCGAAUCCUGCUGGAGUCACAAAUCAAACUUCACACAAAGAGAGGGUUAUACUUAAAAAAUAUUUUUUGCAGCCUGAUUGAUUCGGAACUGUAUGUCACAUUCACUACCAAGAAAUCGCGUAAAUGGAUUUUGAACACUCAAUUAAUACAGUCAGAAGUUGAAAAACUCUCUCGACAAUACGAGAAAAGUGGGUUUGUUAUAACAGAAUUGUGUGGGUAUGAAGAAAAUCAACGUCUGUACUUUAUGGUUAGGUGGGUAAAAUUCUAGUAUUCCAUCAUUAUUUCUAUAACUACAUUCCGCGUUCCUGUAAACAUUACUGUUACCAAACAUGAUGCAUUUUUUGUAGAAUUUGAAUAGUUAAAGUGUAUUUCUUUUCAAUAAUAUUUAUAGAAACAUCUUGUACGAAUUUGUAUACAUAACGCUGUAAUAAUGAGUCGAUUUGGCAGAGAGCGAUGUUUCUGUGAUAAAUGAAAACUGAAAAUAAAGAAAUUGUGA